AUGGCGGGCAUCUUUGGUAGUGCCGGCGCGGCGGCGGCCAACGCUAACCCAACUCAAGGGGAUCUCAGCAAAGAUGUGAUGGUCCAAAACCCGCCCGAAGACAGCAUCUCCGACUUGCGCUUCAGUCCUACCGGGGACUACCUCUCAGUUGCCAGUUGGGACAAGAAAGUGCGGAUAUACGAGAUUGCGAACGAUGGCUCGAGCCAGGGAAAGGCCAUGUUCGAGCAUGAGGGUCCCGUGUUGAACUGCUGCUGGAGUCCAGACGGUUCGAAGGUCUUUGGUGGUGGUGCCGACAAAGCAGCUCGCAUGCUCGAUCUCGGCGCAAACGCAACCCAAGCCACACAAGUCGCUGCACACGACCAGCCUAUUCGCUGCGUCGAGUCCUUCAACACCAACGGCAGCCCCAUGCUGGUGACUGGCAGCUGGGACAAAUCCGUCAAGUACUGGGACCUGCGGCAGUCGCAACCAGCUGCUUCUGUCGACUGUCGCGAACGGGUCUACUCCAUGGAUGUACGAGGCGACCAGAUGCUUGUGGUCGGUACUGCAGAGCGCCACAUCCACAUUAUCGAUCUGAGGAACCCCACGAAGUUCUUCAAGUCCAUGCAGUCACCGCUCAAGUGGCAGACCCGUGUCGUCAGCACCUUCACCGACGGCACAGGCUUCGCGAUUGGAAGCAUCGAGGGUCGAUGCGCGAUUCAGUACAUCGACGACAAGGACUCGGCCAACAACUUCUCCUUCAAGUGCCACCGCCAGACACCCGCCACAGAUCGAAACAACAGCAACGUCUACGCAGUCAACGCCAUCUCUUUCCACCCGCAACACGGCACUUUCAGCACCGCAGGUUCAGAUGGCACCUUCCACUUCUGGGACAAGGACGCCAAGCACCGCCUGAAGGGCUAUCCUGAAGUCGGCGGCACCAUCAGCGCGACUGACUUCAAUCGCGGUGGCAACAUAUUCGCAUACGCCGUCAGCUACGAUUGGAGCAAGGGCUACAGCUUCAACACGGCGCAGUACCCCAACAAGAUCAUGCUCCAUCCCAUCCAGGGAGAUGAGUGUAAGCCUCGCCCGAAGACGGGCAAGCGGUGA